AUGGAUGCGGACGGCCGGACGCUGCAGUUCCGAGUUGUCCCAGCUAGCAUCGAGCGUUCUCGCCUGCCCCGCGCGAGGCCGCCGCGUGGGGCAUCGCCUCAGUGUGCCCGCAACCUCCGCGCAGGGAACUCCUCCACGCCGCCUCCAGCGCCUCCACCACCGCAGCCGCAGCCGCAGAGAUGCCUAAGCCCAAGGAGGAAAUUGACGACGGCCUCCGGCAACCUCCAGAGAAGAUCACGCACAGCUUCAAUGAGGAGUUCUUCGCCAUGGCGGCGCUGUGCCUCGCCUCCGCCUUCGCCUUCUUCUGCUGCCCGAUCUUCAUGGAGCGACCACAGCAGUAAGACGUCGCUUGCGUUCCCGUACCUGUGAUACAGCAUGAGCCCGCACGACCAGCUGCCUUUGGAGGAGGGCGAGGAAGCCGCAGGGCACGACGUGGCCUGAGGGAGGCAACAACCCAGCUGCAAUUGCAAUGUAACAUCAUCUCAUCACAAGGAGGGGGGAUCGCCCGAGGUUUCCCGGAAGUCAUAUCACAAGGGGCCAAGAAUAAGAACAAUCCAUUGCGGUGAAGCUGUCAGGAUGUUGUUAAGGACACUGGUCUCUGCAUGGAAAGUAAUUGUAUAUAUCGAUUAGGAGACGGCGAUAACCCACGUACCUUUAUAAGCCAACGUUUCACCACUGUAAUAAACUGACAUCACCAGAGACAAUAAGCGAAUAACGGGGAUUUAGACAAUCGAACCAACCUUGCAAAUAUGUAUCUCUACAUGCACACAUCCCUCAAUAAAGUGUCUGUUCUGUGGAUCAACAACUUUUCAGAGUAGAAAGGAGGUUUCACAAAAGACCUGACUUCAUUUCCACAUCGAAUCCAGGUGUUUCAAAGGUUAGCCAGUGUUUGUCUAUAAGCUUUAAUGUAACCCUAUAACAUGGUGUGAAUGAUAGCGUUAUUAUUACCAUGAUUAUUUUUUCUUCUUUCUUUCCCUCAUAGUAUCAUGUUAGACUUUUUGUUAAAUGUGUGAAGGUAUGUCUGUUCAUCCUAUAUCACUCUAUUUGUUGUUUUUAAUAAAUGUUAAGAGUACUGAAA